AAAACUAGUCUACUUACUUUUACCGCCGAUUUGAACCGCCUGCCUACGCAAUUAUUAGCGGUUAAAUCCCAAUCGCGGCGGUUGAGUGGCAUUGGUCAACACUAUUCUUCUGUUUAGCUUGAUCCAUCAGUCUUCUAACAAAAGAGAGAGAAGCAAGUUUUGAUACGGAAGCGAGAGGAUGAAGGCGAUCGUGAUCUCGGAGCCAGGAGCGCCGGAGGUUCUGCAGCUGCGAGAAGUCGGUGACCCAGAAGUGAAGGACGACGAGGUUCUCAUCAGAGUUCACGCCACUGCUCUGAAUCGCGCCGAUACUCUCCAGAGACUUGGCUCUUACCCUCCACCACCUGGCUCUAGCCCUUACCUUGGUCUCGAGUGUUCCGGAACCAUCGAAUCCAUUGGCAAGAGCGUCUCUCGUUGGAAGGUCGGAGAUCAGGUGUGUGCUCUUCUUUCUGGAGGAGGUUAUGCUGAGAAAGUUGCUGUACCUGCUGCACAAGUCCUCCCUAUCCCCGCCGGUAUCUCUCUAAAAGAUGCGGCGGCUUUCCCUGAAGUAGCAUGCACUGUUUGGUCAACUGUCUUCAUGAUGGGCCGUCUCUCCCCUGGUGAAUCAUUCUUGGUUCAUGGAGGUUCAAGUGGAAUUGGGACGUUUGCAAUUCAGAUGGCUAAACAUCAAGGAGUGAGAGUGUUUGUCACAGCAGGAAAUGAGGAAAAGCUAGCUGCUUGCAAAGAACUCGGUGCUGAUGUUUGUAUAAAUUACAAAACCGAGGACUUUGUUGCAAAGGUGAAAGCAGAAACCGAUGGGAAAGGUGUGGAUGUUAUCUUGGACUGUAUCGGAGCUCCGUAUUUGCAGAGAAAUCUCGACAGCUUAAACUUCGAUGGAAGGUUAUGUAUUAUCGGCUUAAUGGGUGGAGCCAUUGCAGAAAUAAAACUAAGUAGUCUGCUUCCAAAGCGUCUCACUGUCUUAGGAGCUGCGUUGAGACCAAGAAGCAAGGAAAACAAAGCGGUUGUUGUAGCGGAAGUGGAGAAGACUGUUUGGCCAGCGAUAGAAGCGGGGAAAGUAAAACCGGUGAUUCACAAGUAUCUACCCUUGUCACAAGCAGCAGAAGCUCAUAGCCUUAUGGAGAGUAGUGAACAUAUUGGUAAGAUUCUGCUUGUGACUUAGGUCUGUGCAAAAGGAGAAGAAAUGUUCAGAGACAACAAAAAUCCUUGUCUGUAUUAAUAAAAUCUGGUGGAUUGUGUUAAUAGAUCUAAAAGAGUUUGUUCAUUGGCUUAUUAUGUAUCUCUCUGUUUUGGUCAAAAACACACUAUCAGAUAAGCUGCGAGCAUUGAUUUUAGAUGUUACAUAUUUCAUAUCAAAAUCAACGAAGGACGCACAUUAUUAAGGGAAGUGAUCAAAUAUGUCAUUUGGUUUUGAAAUAGAUAUUAUAUUUUUUAAGUUUUAUUUUGGACUCUCUCUCUUCUCUCUCUAACAUCUUUCAGAGAGAGAGAGCACAAUUUUCCGGCAAAAUCCGGUUUCUGUAAAUUUUUCCGUUUAUUGAAUAAAUAAUUCCGGAUCUAUCCGGAUUUUUUGCGUGACCCCUUUUGUAUGUUUCUUUUUCAAAUUUCGGCUGAAGAUGCUUAAUCUUUCUUUCAUCGAAUUUGCUUGAUUUCUAUUUCUUAGAAAGAAUAAUUUCUUUGCUUUUUAAUCGAUCAGGUCUGUUUUACAGAAGUAAAGAUUCUCUUAAGGUGAUAUGGAAUCAAGAGGUAGGGUUCAUUUGGAUGUUUUGGAGCAAAAUAAGAAGAGCUGACGUUAUAACGGU